UGUUCCAUUGCUCUGAUAGAGUUUUUUUUCGUUUUUUCUGAGCUCUUUAUAUACAACACUAUACUGUUUGGUACAGGAUGUUAGCAAAUCUCAUGCGGUGCAUUUCAAGUCCCGACUCAACUGUAACAGUAGAAGCUUGUCCUCCCCGUAUCUCCGACCCGUUCACUUCUCCAACCCCCUUUUCUCUCUCCCUCCCGUACGACCCCACGAUUGCACUCGGUUCUUCCGCGCAACUUCUCCUCUCUCUCCCCGUACUCCCAGUAGCUGCACAGACGAAGCGUCCUACAAAAGAAGUUAUUAGUGGAAGAGAGAGAAGAGAAGAGAAGGACGACUCGGAUCCACUGUCAUGGCGACGGCGGCGGUGGUGGCGGAGGAGGAGGAGAUGCUGGUCGACGAGCAGCACCGCGUCGACCUCCGGCGGUCGGCGUCGAACACGACAUCCCAGGUGGCCAUCGUCGGCGCCCACGUGUGUCCGAUCGAGAGUCUCGACUACGAGCUCAUCGAGAACGACUUCUUCAAGCAGGACUGGCGGAGCCGCGGCCGUUCCCACAUCUUCCGCUACGUCACCCUCAAGUGGUCCCUUUGCUUCCUCAUCGGCGCCCUAGCCGGCGCCGUCGGCUUCUUCAACAACCUCGCCGUCGAGAACAUAGCCGGCGUCAAGUUCGUCGUCACCUCCAACAUGAUGCUCGCCAGGAAGUAUGGAUGGGCUUUUGCGGUCUUUGCCGGGUCGAAUUUCGUGCUCACGAUGUUCGCAUCGGUCAUCACGGCUUACAUGGCGCCGGCGGCGGCCGGAUCGGGCAUACCGGAAGUGAAGGCCUAUUUGAAUGGCGUGGACGCGCCGGAUAUAUUCUCGCUGAGGACUCUGGUUGUAAAGGUAGUUGGUUGCAUUGCUGCGGUGUCGUCAUCUCUCCAUGUGGGCAAGGCAGGCCCAAUGGUGCAUACAGGAGCAUGCAUAGCAUCUAUACUCGGGCAGGGCGGGUCCCGUAAAUACCACUUGACAUGUAAAUGGCUGAGGUAUUUCAAGAAUGACAGAGAUCGGCGGGAUCUGGUAACUUGUGGGGCUGGUGCUGGGGUUGCUGCUGCUUUCCGAGCGCCAGUCGGUGGUGUUCUGUUUGCCCUUGAAUCAGUAUCAUCAUGGUGGAGAAGUGCCCUACUUUGGAGAGCAUUCUUCACAGCAGCUGUAGUUGCUGUUGUGCUUAGGGCACUGAUAGACAUAUGUAGAAGUGGCAAGUGUGGUUUGUUUGGAAAGGGUGGGCUUAUAAUGUUUGAUGUGACUUCAGAUACUGCUGCUUAUCACUUGGUGGACUUACCGCCAGCGAUCCUUUUAGGAAUCAUUGGAGGAAUAUUGGGGAGUUUCUACAAUUUUAUCCUGGACAAGGUUCUUCGAAUCUACAAUCUUAUCAAUGAGAAAGGCACUGGCUACAAAUUGCUUCUUGCUGCCACAAUUUCCAUAUUCACAUCCUGUUGCCUUUUCGGGCUACCAUGGCUUGCAUCUUGUAGACCUUGCCCAGCUGACCAAUCAGAAGAUUGCCCAUCAAUAGGCAGGUCUGGUAAUUUCAAGAAGUUCCAGUGCCCGCCUAACCAAUACAAUGAUCUGGCUAGCUUAUUUUUCAACACCAAUGAUGACACAAUUAGAAACCUCUAUAGUGCUGGCACAGAUUCUGUGUUCCAAAAAUCUUCGAUCUUGUUGUUUUUUGUUACCUCUUAUUUCCUAGGGAUUGUGAGCUAUGGUCUUGUUGCUCCUUCUGGCCUCUUCGUUCCUCUCAUUCUGACAGGUGCGACCUAUGGACGCCUCGUUGGGAUGCUUAUGGGUAGACAUUCAACUCUGGACCAUGGGCUUUUUGCAAUCCUUGGAUCUGCUUCCCUUCUAGGUGGAUCAAUGAGGAUGACUGUUUCUGUAUGUGUAAUCAUCCUAGAAUUGACCAACAAUCUCCUGUUGCUUCCCCUGGUCAUGCUUGUUUUGCUCAUAUCCAAAACUGUGGCCGACACUUUUAAUGCAAACAUCUAUGAUAUGAUUGUCAAAUUGAAGGGUCUGCCUUAUCUUGAAGCCCAUGCAGAACCCUACAUGAGGCAGCUCACGGUCAGUGAUGUGGUCACUGGUCCUUUGCAGAUAUUUCAUGGUGUAGAGAAGGUUGGUAAUAUAGUCCAUGUUCUGAAAACAACUGGCCAUCAUGGAUUCCCUGUUAUCGACGAGCCUCCAUUUUCUGACUCACCUGUGCUAUUUGGCCUAGUUCUUCGUGCACACCUACUUGUCUUAUUAAAGAAAAGAGAGUUUCUUCAUACUUGUGCACUCUCAGGGGUUGAUGCUUCAAAACAGUUCUCUGCUGAUGAUUUUGCCAAGCGCGGCUCUGGCAAGCGUGACAGCAUCGACAAUAUAGAGCUGACUACAGAAGAGAUGGAAAUGUACAUUGAUUUGCAUCCAUUUACAAACACUUCACCCUACACUGUUGUCGAGACUAUGUCACUGGCAAAAGCUCUCAUACUUUUCCGUGAAGUUGGUCUAGGGCACCUCUUGGUUGUUCCAAAGUCCUCUUCAGUAAGUGACCUCGUCUCUAAUAUAAACUAUGUCUACACCACCUUUAUCGAGUACAUCUAGUACAUCUAAAACCUAAGUCACUGGCUACUGCCAAGAUAAAUUCUGAGGGCACCUGUAGUGGGCAUAUUGACAAGGCAUGAUUUCAUGCCUGAGCAUAUUCUGGGACUGCAUCCUUUCCUGUUGAAGAGCAGGUGGAAGAGACUGCGAUUCGGAAAGUCCACUAUUACUAAAUUUUUUAGCAGCCUCUGUUAGCGCUUCCACAUAGAAGUUUGAUUGUAACCAUUCCAGAAUAAUGGUAAGGCCUCAGAUUUUCUUCCUCCAAUUGGUGAACAUCUAACUUUUUGCAUUUACCUUUCAAAUGGUGGACAUUAAAGGAAGCGAGUCAUAUCUAGAAAUUAAGCAUUUUUUGGGAAACAGGUACAGCUUACAAGAAAUCUCUCCAAAGUUUUUCUAUAUGUGCAGAGUCAAUAUCAAACUAUUUGAGGAAGCAGACACAAGAGGAGACAGAUUCUAUUUCUCCUUCCAAAGUGCCUUUGGAGAUGUAUACUCAAUUGUAUUAUACAGGAUUCAACGCCACUCUUAGUUUAGAUAUCUGUUGCAAGUUAAUAUUUUUUACAGAGGACAUCAUUAUUCAAUCAGUUAGUUAACAUGGAUUGGUUUUUAGCCUUGUAUGCUUCUGAUAGCAAGUAGUACCACAAAAUAAUCUGAUUAUCUCCAGAUUUCAGAGCAA